AUGUCGCUGGCCGUGCUGGACCAGCAGGCCUCCACGUCGACGUGGCCCUCGGCGUGGGCCUCGGCGUGGCCGGCCGCCGGCUCCGUGGACGACACCCCGCUGUGCGAGGACGUGCACCCCGAGCUGCGCGUGCCGUGCCGCUGCUCCUUCAUCCACUCGCGGCGCGCCGGCGAGGAGCACGUGACCGUGGAGGUGGCCAUGGACUGCGACCGCGUCGUCUUCCCCGGCGAGAUGCCCGCCCUGCCGGCGCGCGCCCCCAUCGUCGCCUUCAGCCAGCGGUGGGCGGGCCACCAGGCGCUGCCGACGCAGGCGCUGACCACGGCGGAGCUGCCGCUGCGGAGGCUGGACCUGGCCGGCAACAGCCUGCGCCGCCUGUCGGACCGCCAGCUGGCGGGGCACCUCGCCGCGCACCUGCAGGAGCUCAUCCUGGCCGACAACCUCCUCGGCGACAACCUCAACCCCAUCUUCAGCGCGUCCGAGUUCCACGGGCUGCGCGAGCUGCGGAUGCUGGACCUGUCCGGCAACCAGAUCAAGGGCCUGGAGGAGGGCAUCCUCAAGGGCUGCGACAACCUGCAGGAGCUGCGUCUGAACCGCAACAGCCUGGCGGAGGUGCCGUCGCAGUCGCUGCACGGGCCCAGGGCCCUCAGGGCGCUCGCCCUCGCGCGCAACCGCAUCGCACUGGUGCGCGGCGGCGCUCUGGAGGGGCUGCAGCAGCUGGCGCGCCUGGACCUCAGCUUCAACACCAUCAACACCCUGGAGGGCGGCGCGCUCAAGGGGCUGAGUCGCCUGCAAGAGCUCAACCUGAGCCACAACAGGGUCACCAAGCUCAACAGCGAUGUCUUCGAAGGCGCCGUGGCCGUGGAGGUGCUGGACCUGUCGCAGAACUUCCUCCGCGAGGUGCCGUCCGUCGCCUUCAAGGAGCUCACCAAGCUGCGGCACCUCAACAUGUCCGCCAACCUGAUCCAGCGCCUGGACAACGAGGCCCUGCGCGUGCAGACGCAGCUGGAGACCCUGGACCUGAGCGGCAACAACAUCGGCAACAUCGCGCCCGGCACGUUCCGCGGGCUGCGCGCGCUGCGCCACCUGGACCUGUCCGUCAACGCGCUGCGCACCGUGGAGGACGACGCCUUCGAGGGCCUGGAGGGGCUGGAGACGCUGCGGCUCCGCGACAACAACAUCCUGGCCGUGCCCGCGUCCGCGCUGGGCCGCCUGCCGCGGCUGCGCACGCUGUCGCUGGACUACAACCGCCUGGCCGUGGUGAGCGCCGACCUGCUGCGCGCCGUGUCCGAGCGCGCCAGCGACCUGGGGCUGGCCCGGAACGUGAUUCGCGAGCUGUCCCCCGCCGCGUUCCGCGACUUCACGCGCCUGCGCCGCCUCGACCUGUCCGCCAACCUGCUGCUGGCGCUGGACGCGUCCGCGCUCGUGGGGCUGGAGGACAUCCUGGAGGAGCUGAACCUGGCCGGCAACCGCAUCGCCAGCCUGGCGGGCGGGCCGCUCGCGCUGCGCCGCCUCAAGGUGCUGGACCUCUCCGACAACCAGCUGCAGGGCCUGGGCCGCGCGCCGCUGUCCGGGCUGCCCGCCCUCGAGGUCCUCAACUUGUCCGGCAACCCGCUGCUCGCGCCCUCGCCCACGGGCGGCAUCCUGACCGGCCUGGCGCGCCUCCGCGUGCUGGACAUGAGCCGCGUGGGGAUGCGCGCGCUGAGCGCGGACCUGCUGCACCGCGCCGCCGACCUGGAGAGCGUGGCGCUGGCCGGCAACGCGCUGCAGGAGCUGCCCGAGGGGGCGUUCGCCAGCCUCGUCAACCUGACGGCGGUGGACCUUUCCGGGAACCAGCUCGCCAACAUCCGCGCGGGCGCCUUCACGGGCCUGCCGUCGCUGCGGCGCCUCAACCUGUCCAGAAACAAACUCCAGGCCUUCCGCGGCGAGGUGCUCGAGUCCGCGAGCGACGGCAGCGCCGGCAGCUCCGCCCUCCGCGAGCUGGACCUCUCCCAGAACCAGCUGGGCUACCUGUUCCCCAACUCGUUCCGCGCGCACCCCCGCCUCCGCCGCCUGCUCCUCGCCCAGAACAAGCUCACCUUCUUCCCCGGCGAACUGCUCACCGGCCUCAGGUACCUGGAGGAGGUGGACCUGGCCGGCAACCUGCUCAAGGCGGUGGACGACAUGGACUUCGCGCGGCUGCCGCGGCUGCGCGAGCUGGACCUGUCCGACAACCAGUUGGAGGCGCUGAGCGAGACGGCGUUCCACAACUCGACGCAGCUGCAGGUGGUGCGGCUGGCGCGCAACCGACUGGAGCGGCUGUCCGAGCGCACCUUCGAGGGACUGUGCCGCAUCGAGCUGCUGGACCUGGAGGGCAACCUGCUGGCCGAGCUGCCCGACGCACUGUUCGAGCGCGGCCGCGUGCACAUCCUGGACAACAUCAACCUGGCCGCCAACCAGUUCGAGGUGGCGCCGCUGCCCACGCUGCAGCGCCAGUACUUCUUCCUGUCUUCCGUGGACCUGAGCCGCAACCGCCUGGUGGACAUCCCCGCCGACGACACCAUCAUGGUCAACAUCAAGCGCCUGGACCUGAGCUUCAACCCGCUGAGCCAGAGCGCCAUCGCCAACGUGCUGGCCGAGCCCAAAACGGUGCGCGAACUCAACAUGGCGGGGACGGGCAUCCAGAGCCUCACGCAGCUGGAGACGCCCUUCCUGCGCUCCCUCAACCUGUCCCACAACAACAUCAGCCACUUCGGGAAGGAGGUGGUGGCCCGACCCACGCUCUUGGAGAUGCUGGACCUCUCCCACAACCGGCUGGCUACCUUCCCUCGCGUCUGGACGCAGCUGCGGCACCUGCAGGCCCUGGACGUGUCGCACAACCCCAUCCCCUCCAUCGUGCAGGGCGACCUGGACGGCCUGGGCGGGCUGCGGAGCAUCAACCUGGACGCGCUGCCGGUGCUGUCGCGCCUCGAGCGGUCCGCCAUGGCGGGGCUGUCGUCGCUGUCCUCGCUGCGCGCCGCCGGCUUCCCCCGCCUCGGCUACCUGGACGCGGCGGGGCUGCUGCGGUCGCUGCCCUUCUUGACCACGCUGCGGAUCGAGCUCAAGGACCCCACCGUGGGCGGCGACACCCUCGCGCCCGCGCUGCAGCCGCGCCUGCAGGAGCUUGGGCUGCACGGCGCGCGCGUGCGCAGCUUGUCGUCCAGCGCGCUGGCCGGGCUCAAGGCCGCCCGAGUCCGCCUGCUGCUGACGGACACCUCGCUGGCCGCGCUGCCGCCCGCCCUGUUCUUCCCGCUGCCGCGGUCGUGCCGCCUCGUGGUGGACGUGACCCGCGCCAAGCUGCCCACGCUGUCGCCGCAGCUGCUGGCUGCCCUGGACGACCGCCGCGGCCUCUACACGCUGCAGGGGCUGUCCACCAACCCGCUGCACUGCGACUGUGCCGCCCGCGCGCUGCGUCGCUGGCUGCCAGGCUCCGGCAUGGGCGACCUUCGCUGCCACAGCCCACCGUCCAUGGAGGGCAGGCUGCUUGUCGAGGUGGGCGACGACGACCUCACUUGCGACCCGAAUCGCGCCCACCAGCAGGCCACCACCACGACCACGCCGUCCUCCACCACGAGCAGCACCACCAACACGCCCAUCAUCACCAUGCUGUCGGGCAAACACCACCCCACGCGCUACCACGCGCGGCCCGGCCAGCCUACCACGGAGCCGGACAUCAUCUGGUCGCUGCCGCCCACCACGCCGCGGCCCCACCAGAAGGUGGUCGGCGCCAACAUGAUGAGCCCCAGGCCGCCGCAGGGCGCCGCCGUGGUCAGCAACGACGACACCCUCAUCAUCGGCAUCGUGGGCGGCGUGGUGGCCUUCAUCGCCAUCCUCGUCAUCGUCAUCUGCAUCGUGCGGCUCCGCCUGACCAGCAACCAGUACCGCGGCGGCCCCAUGGCGGCCGGGGCGCUAGCGGGGCCCUUGGCGGUGGCCGCGCAGCACGCGCAGCACGCGCAGCACCACCGGCACGGCAUGCCCACUGGCGAGUACGGCCCGCCGCCCAUGUACCUGUCGCCGUACGCGGCGCACGGCUACGCCACGGCCACGCUGCCGCCGCACUCCAAGAUGCACCACAACCACUCGAUGCCGGGCAUGGCGCCGUCCCUGGCGCCGUCCCUGGCCGCCAGCCCGCGCAGGACUUCCUACGCCUCGCUGGGCCGGCCGCCGCAGACGCCCACGCCAUGCUACCCGCAGCAGUCGCCGUACUAUAUCACGUUCUCGGGCGAGGAGAAGGAGCACCGGUAGCGUCAGCAACACCCUCAUCCUCUAGGCACGCAGUCCACGCACUCCACGCAGUGCGCGCGGACGGAGGCUGAGGGUGGCGACCGCCUCCGCCGUCACGGCGCCCCUAGGACUUGACGGCCACCUCGUGGUGCUGGCGGAGUCGGACGCUCAGUGCGAGCGUGUGUGUGUGUGUGCGUGCGUCGAACGCUUGUGACAGUGUGUGUGCACGCACAAUCAAGACCCUGGUGAAAAGGUCUCCACGAGCAAAUAAGGUGGUUUCUCAAGACUUGCAUCACCUGGAAUACGUAUUUAAUGUAUAUAGACGCCGUUUAGUUAAGUAUAGUGUAAAUAUUGCUGGCGAAUGUUUAUCAUGGGACUUCAAAGAGGCAGGGCCUCUAUACGACUAGUGAGCGUGACGCUCAGAAAAGACAGGGUUUUGUGCAAUUUGAGUGUGAAAGAAUUUCAAUACUAUUACAGAGUGCUUUAUAUUGUAAAUAAGUUGAGUACUAGUGUGAGUUUAUUUUAUUGAAAGUGUCUGCUUUCAGUUUGUAAGACUGUAUUUGUACAUUAUCCAAAGUUUAGUUCAGAGCACUUUGCAAGUGCUGCAAAGAGGUAAUAACUAACGAAGCCAUUUUAAAGCUACAUUGUUUUUAUGUUUAUUUUUAGGUAGAUUUUAUGAUUGUUCUUUGCUCUAAGCUAAACUUGUUACACUGGUUGCUAUUCACACACAUACAGAAAUUGAAGACUUGAACUUAUUGUGCAACGAAUGAACAAUAAUUGUUUGUUGGCUUUUGGAAACAGAAAAAUACCUAUGAUUGCGUCUGUCAUUUACUUUUUAAAAGAAUUGUUCCUUUCAAUAAAUGGAGUCAUAGUUUAA